AUGGAGAGAGACACCUAUGUGCUUCUUGUCACCGCAAAUGUCGGGUCACUCUUCGACAAUGUGGGUGAAAUUCAAAAUGAAUGGCUACAGGAGUUAUACAAGACCAUCCGCACCUACCAGCCACAGUUCAUCGCCCUACACUUUCAGGAGGUGGGAGGGAAAGACUACAUGGUCAACAUGGGGCACGCAGAAGAAUUCUUUUGGAGCAUUGAGUCCAGUGAAGAACUGAAAGAUUUUGACAGGCGCUGCAUCUAUGUGGACAACCAGUUUCAAGCAGAAGACCGUUUCACGGCAUUGGGCAGCAUGUACUUCAUCCACAAGUCAUUGAAGAACAUCCGCCAGUAUGACUUUAUUGUCAAGGAUUUUAAAGCAGUGCCGGGACUGGACAAGUACGUGGGCUCCCUAGACGGGGUCACUACUGUGGAGAAAGAAAAAUUCCCAAAGAAUUUCUGGCCUGAUUUCAAGUGGUCCAGGAAGGGCUUCAUGAGGACCCGCUGGAUCAUCCACGACCGAGGGCUGGACCUGGUCAACGUCCACCUGUUUCAUGAUGCCUCCAACCUCAUUGCCUGCAAUUCUAGUCCUUCUAUCUAUUCUGCCAACCGUAAAAACGCUCUCCAACAUGUCAUCAACAGGAUAUCAGACAACUGCCACACACCGAUGCCUUUCUUCCUGUUUGGAGAUUUUAACUUCCGUUUGGACACGCUGAGUCUAGUCCAGCAUCUGUCUACAUCGGCUGAAGUGCAGACUGUGAAAAAGGACAGCACUAAUGAAGUGCAGAAAAUCAUCUGUGAAGAGAAGGCUGACCGCCAGGUAGUGCUUCUGCUGAUUGAGGACAAACUCUUUGCCUACCUUUACCAAGCUGCAUUCAGAGAAAACAAUGGCAAAGCGUUGCUGAAAUAUGACAAAGAAGUUACUGCCUUUCAUGAUGUUGUUAGAGAAGAGGAAAUCCAGUUUCCACCCAGCUACCCCUACAGCGAAGAGUACACUAAACCCACCCAGUACAUGAACACUCGUUGUCCCGCCUGGUGCGAUCGGAUUUUGAUGUCACACAGCGCACAGCAAUUCAUCAACAGUGUAAGUCACCACCACUAUGGUGCCGAUGGUGAGAGAACUGUAAUUUACGACACAGUGGGCCCCAAUGUUUGUAUGGGAGAUCAUAAGCCCGUUUUCUUAUCCUUUGCACUGAAGACAAAUGAACAUUGA